AAACAUGCCGCGCCAAUGUCCAAAACCACACAAGAAAAAACAACGGCAAUGGCACUACUUUAGUGUUUGUUCCGUCGCAUGCCUCCAGCAAUCAUACCCAGUAGUUUGUAGUUUCCUCAAGGCAACUCGACUACUAGUAUCACUGUUUUCAAUAAAUCAAAAUGCUCAGACCAAUGGAACGAAACGGCCAUGCUUCGCACAGUUCAUCGCCUCAACAUCCCAAUGCUACCGCCACAACCAGCAUCAGCCCCAGCAGUGGCAAUGGCAGCAGUAAAUUGACCAGGGGCAGCAGCAGUCGACGAAUAUUCGGCAAUGGAAUUCAAAUGAUUGUGUUGAUACUGAUUGGUGUGGCUCUGGCGUUUAGUGGAAUUUUCAUGGUCCAAUUUGCUUCCUCUGCUGGUCAAUAUGAUGCGGAUUUUUUGCCCCAUGACAAGAAGGAAAUGAUGGCAUCGCAACCAGGAUCACGAGUGCCAAAAGUUGGGACAACUCUGCGAAACACGGCAAAUAAUAAACAAGUGCAGAAACAGAGAGAAAUGACGGAUGAAGCUUCCAAACAGCCACUGCUAUCAAAUCAGGCUAAAAUUGGUGCUCAAGCUGCAGAAACUGAACCAAUAUCUACUGGUACAUCCAACAAACCUCCAAAGAAUUCUAUUGAGAAAAAGAACAGAAAAGUCAAGAAACAACGAGCAGAAAAGACUAAACAAUCCACAACUCGCCUAGAAUCUGAGGAGCAGGUGGAUGAUCACGAGCCAGCAUCUCACGAAACCACUCCUCCACCAAUGGACAAGCCUGAUGAAAGCAGCAAGGCCACAACAAAACCACUCAAGACACUCGAAGCACCUGUUUCCUCAUCAUCAUCAACAACAGCUUCAGCCACUAAAAUUGAAGCAACAUCCAACAAAGCAUACGCCUUUCUUCUAGGCGGCAUCCCGGAAAAGCCAAGAGAUGGGAGUAAUCUCAUCAAACCUUCCCUGGCCAAGGGAGAACCUUUCCCAUACGAUUCCUACCGCGGAUUACUCUACAAUAUACUCAUAUCCGUCAAGACACUUCGAGAUUCGGGAUCCACUGCGGAUAUGGUGGUUCUGGUCCACAUGGCAACCGCCAACACCAAAUUGCCACCCGAGCACACACAAUGGCUCACAAACCUGAAUAUUCGAAUCAUCUAUGUACCAACGGCACCCUCUGUCGUCAACGAAUUCAGUACCAUACCCUUUGAAAAAUUCCGCAUUUUGGAUUUGAUCGAAUACAAGCGAGUACUCUACAUGGAUGCCGAUGUCACUCCCCAUUGUAAUCUGGAUUACAUUAUGGACUUGAGCAUGCCAAACGACAACGACGAUAGUCCACCCCUACUUCAAGAAAACUUGAUUGUCAGCUUGGCAAAAGCACCCGCUACGGGAAGUUUGUUCAUGUUGGCACCAGGGCCUGGAAAGUUUGCCAAAUUAAUGAAGGUCGCGGCGGAUUCCGCCAAUUCCUUGGGGUGGCGAGAUGGACCAGGAUGGUCCAAAAGUGGUGGUGGCAGAGUCAAUCCGUGGAGAGCUCUCGGCGGUAGUACUCUGCCUGGAAACUCUUACAAGUACACUGGAGCUCAAUCCGAUCAGGGAAUGGUCCAUUACUGGACAACUGUAAACCAAGGAAAGGUGUCCAUUGUGAUUGGUGAUGUUGUCGAAAACUGGAAUAAUGGGGUGCUCAUGUCCAACUUGACGGGUAAUCCGCUCAAACAGUAUUCGUGUCUCUCGGAUGACAUGGAUGGAAACAUGGACCGGAGCAGCAUGUUUGAAACUCCAAAGGAUUCACACAUCAUGUCCCCGAAAGGAGUGGCUCCCUAUCGCGACUUUUCUCAGUGGGGUCAUGCCAAAAAGAAGCCUUGGCAUUUUAUUCAGGCACCGCUCGUGGCAUCCGAGGAGGACAUGAAAACUCCAGUGGAACGUUGGUUCCAUACGCUCCGAAAGCUAGACCAAGAGCUGCAAUUGGGUCUUGACUUCCGUGAUACAAGUGGCGGGAAAGGAAAAUCCAGACAACCUAAUUGGCGUCAUGUCGAAAAGAAAGAGUGGAUCAGCGUCAAGCCGUCUUGGACCACCACGGUCAAGUCGGUGGGUCAAUGGGGAAUUCGAGGUGUCGACAAUCCACAAUCAGUGCUACCAUGGGAACCGCCAGAAUUACUGUCAGCAGUUCCCAAGCCUGCUGGUGGCGAUGACCCCAACAGCAAUCUUCGAUCCAUCUGCAGCUGCGACGACCAACCAAUUCACACAGAUCCCUGUUCACUGCCUGAUCAGCAGGUGGAGGAUUGGCUGGAGGAUCGUUCCCAAUUGUCCUUAUCAGCAGAGCGCCCUCUCUGCCCCAAUGCCGCUCGAAAUCAUUUCCACGCGGUGGUUCCAGUACAUGGCCUGUCGGAAGAUGCUGCGCGAGCGUCUGUAUGCUCCGUGGCAUGCCAAGAUUAUCCACCGGGCAAAUUGUCAGUUUACAUCUACGACGAUGGGUCUGAUCCCACUGGAUUUGUGAAGAGUGCCUGCUCCAACAAACAAAUUGAUCCAGCAGUCAAGAUCCAACAGGCCCAAAUGCGUUCCCUGGAAGAGUCUGUCGCUCAGAACAACGCGGGUGAGCUUGUUGUAGAUUGCCUGCAUCCUGCAUCUCGCCAGGCCUCCAAGAACUCUCUGCAUUUGGCCCUUGGGCUUGUAAAGACGCAAUCCGGUGCCAAUGAUAUUGUUCUUGUGCUGGAUGGUGGCGAUGAACUAUCGUCAAAUCGGGCCCUGCAGACUAUCAACGAAAAAUUCAUCCAAAAGCCUGCCUGGACCUUCUUUGCUUCCAGCACAUCGGCAUUGUUGUCGACCGAGGCCGACUUUAAGCCUCGAGAGAACUUCCCGAUGGAGGAGAUUGGUUCUCCUCUUGGUUUCAAGGCGCACCUGCUAAGUCAUGUAAGUCACGCGGACUUCUCGGCAGUUUCCGAUGGCUCUGAGCGUUCGUAUUUCUACCGCAUGUUGGAACUAUCGGGAGCGGAUAGAGUGGUGUCAAUGGCUCUGCAAGCCACCAGACACAAGGACGCCAGAGCUGACGGUGCUUCUCAAAUGAGCCUCAUACGGAAGGCCCAGCCUGCCACCAGAUUGGAACUCCCCGUGGAGGUCGUUUUGACGUGUACAAGCGAAGUUCUUGUCAGGCAUCAACUAGAUUGGUUGCAAGAACAAUCCCUGACGAAAUCUCGAAACAUCAGUGUCCAUCUGCUCAUCGAAAGCCCGCAAAUGGAGAGUGCGAUAGAGUCUGCUGUCAAAGAAUUCCUCGCAGACCAAGCCAAAAGCGACGCUAAAGAUUCCCUGCCAAUAACCGUGAACUUGCAGAAGCAAUUUGAUGCGACCCAGGGCUGCUCCGAUUUUCUGUUUGCGCAGAACCUGCACCACGAAAGGCCCCUCGAUCAUGUUGUGUUUCUUGAUGGCAACCAGUACUGGUCGCCCACGUAUCUCGCCAGCCUGACACAUCAGCAUCGACCCAGAGGCAUGACGACCUGGAUCGGAAAGCGAUUCGACGAUCAGAACCCCCAAACAAAACUUGCCGAGUACUCAAACUCCACUUUGUCCUUUAUGGACAUUGUCAAAGGCAAAAGAUUAGACGAGACACGGUUCACGACCAUGACAUCUGAUGCGUCAAUCUUCGACGCAAACCUUUGGCUCCUUCAUGGUCAAAUGGAUCGUUUGAAGGGAACUUUUGAAAAGUCGUGCGACCUGUGGGUAUCCUACACGUUGGAUGCGCUGCUUGGGUGGAGGCAACGGCGACUUGAAGCCGAGACAAUCCCGGUGAACAUUCCAAGCUCUGACAAGAGUGUCUACGCAAACAAGGUCUUUAGUAGGUUACCCACUGGAAAGGGGCAUGAUAUUGAAAAUCUCAGGACAGCAAUAUCAGAGCAGCUCAAAUCCCGCCCCAAGCAAAGCCUCAGCAACGACGGUAUGAAUCGCCUUUUCGCAGAUUUGCAGAGAAAGUUUCAUUGGAGAGUUCUGAAAAGGCGAAAAGGCGACUUUGCAUCAUUGAGCAUUGUUCCACCAUUGCAUGAUGACCAGGGCGAGAAUGUUGCGCACCCUCAAAUCGCACCAGAGACGAAGAGCGAAAAGCGGGCGUUCGUCUGUGCCACUGGGCAGUUCGACCGCUUUGAAGCUGAAAGCAAAAUUGAAAAUCUGUUUAUACCAUUGCAAAAAGCUGGAUACAAGACAGACGUUGCGUUGAUCUUGUCUAAUCCGGGAGAAACUGCCUUCACCAACGAAGACUUCAAAGAGAGAAAGAAGAUCAAGACAGAUUCACAUCCUUUUUAUGAUUCCUUUGAACAUGCUGUUGCAGACUUUGAAAAGAACAACGUUAGGGUUCUCUUUCCGAAGAAUGGCACAUACCCCAAAGUUGCCGACCCUCCUUUGCACAAGGAUUACUUUGGCCUCUUAUUCGCUGUCCAAGGGCGCGACAAAGAAGCUCAGAAAUCGCGCGUCCUAAACCACGCAAGGAUUUUUGACAGCUACGUUCGAUGCUUGAACUACGCAAAAGCUGCCAGUCUUGAAGCGACUGGCAAGCCCUUCUCAUCUUCGAAUCCAUACUACGACGUUUUCAUUCGGAUCCGCGACGACGUUGGCUUCAGUAGACCCCUCACGGAAGAAGUUCUGCGAGAUGCAGUCCCACCACCACCCAACAGUAUCGUCGUGACACCUUGCCGCAGUUGGGAAGGCAUCAACGAUAGGUUUGCCAUUGUCAAUCCCGAUGCUGCCAGAAGCUACUUUGAGCGUCCUUAUGACAUCAUAUCAACAAACAAACACAUUGAUGAUCGUUUGGUUCGCAACCCCGAGUCUUUCCUGUUGUAUGCGUUUACGACGGCCAAGCUAAACAUCCUGGCCCACCCUGAGCUCCGGAACCUGAACCGAAUGUACAAGUCCAGCAGCGGAAAAGUGUCAGUGAAUACUGGAGAUAACAAUCCAGGCUGUCCCAAGCCCAAGUUUUACACAUACUUGGAUCGCCUGUUCGAGUUGUACAAUUGGUACAUGUAAGCGUUUAACAAGCUGGGACUGUAGCUGUCGUACCGGUACAUGCAGGGAGAGGCGGCUUCGAACAGGACUACGAAGGCACAUAUCACAUUCACGAGGAGGAGUCAGGUUUGUGGAGCCUCAAUGUCGGAUUUUCCUGACAGUGCCACAAGCAGUUCAGCUAACGAGGAACCUCCAAACAAUCACAAGAUGCAACGGUUGUUGCCGUGCUUUCUGGUUUGUGAAAACCUCCACGUUGGGAAUACUUUCGGUUGGCUGGCCUUCAGGCAGCAAUGCACGCCUCACAUAGUGAGCAUAGAGGGACUGAUGGGGCUUGGGCCCACGUUAGGAGGGCCACGGAUUGUAGCCGUGAGGCAUUAUGUAAGAGUUGUAUGCACGAACUUGCUCCAUUGGCCGCUCUUCUGUCCCCACUUUGGUGAUGGCGAUCUUUUGCUCUGAGAUGAGGAGUGCACAAAUAGACGCAACCAGGUAUCUAGGAUACAACAACUCUUUUACUACAAUGCAGCAUUACGAAAUACAGUAGUUUGAUGUACCCUUCGCGAUCAUCUCCUAUGGUCAUAGUCCCUUGUCCCAUAUCCUCGGAUUUCUCAAUUGCUGCUGUGAGACACCGAACACCCUUCAGGGAAGGUUGUUUUCUCCCGCUGACAGCUUCAAAACUUGUACGAGACAUGUGGAGAUGAUCCAUUGCCACGCUCACAUGACACCCAGCCCCCUGGUGGUGGGAAAUCUAGAGUAGAUGUUGCCUUGUAGAAAUCGACUUCCACCAUGAAAUCCGGAUCCUGUACCGAAGGGAUUUCGGAAUCAAUAAACCAUGUGUCGAAGCUGUAGAUGAUUCUGAAGGAAAGUUGCUUGCCCUCGUAGGAACUUUGCAUGAUGUAUUUUGGUUUGUUCUCAUUCAAUUCAUCUAGCAAAUACACUCCAUUCACAGCUUCUGUCCCAGCUCCUUCCACCUUGAUCGCAAUUGGACAUCCUCUAUGCUCAUCUGUUCUUCCCGUCGAAACCCAAUGGCCUUGAAGAUUCCGAGGAUUCUGAAAGUUCUUAUAAGCAGACAACUUGGUAUGUGUUAGUGCUUGAUUCUUGUAAGCUUCCGAUAGCUGCUCAGAUGUAGCCAGGCCUGAAGGAGCCACCACGGUUGUCAAAUAUUGGGGUUCAAUUUUUUCAAAAGAUAUGUGCUUGGACAUGCCUGCUGCUGAUUUCUUUCUUUGAUUGGGGUCAAUAUCCCUCCAGAGUUUAAGAAUCCGAAACAGUUCCCACUCUGGAAAAUCCAUUUCUAAAUCCAUAAGGAUCUCUUCCACAACAGUUGCAUUCAAAGAGGCCACAUGAUUGGCGGACAGUGAUUCUGACCAGGUACCGGUGGUACGAACCCAAUCUUUUGCCUUUAGCUGCAGCGCUUCUGGCACAGCAUUGCCAGCCAUUCUGCAUGCAUGCAAAAUGGCAAAAGAUGCACACGGCUGUUUAGCCAAGAGACUUUUUUCAAAGCACUCAAGGACAAGGACUCCCAGGCCACCAAGAUUGAAGUAGGAGGCAGCCACUGCCAAUGACACCAAUGAUUCAAUUUGAUGAGUGGGAACGUCAUUUUCCUCCCCAUCAGGUGCCUUUCGCUUGUUGAACUUGAGGAUUUGCGCUGAAUCUGUAAGCACAAAUUCCACCACUGCCUUGAGGACACUUCCUGAGAAACUGAGGUCUACAACCGGCAGCGAUGACUCUUGAAACUUGCCCAGCAGCAUCCCUUUGAAGACAUCCGAACGGGCUGCCAAUAGAAAGCGAUUCGCUGGCACUUCGACUCCAUCAGUUCCCUUAAGGACUACAUCGUUGAGACUAUCAUCCGUCAGGAACCUUUCCAGCAUCUCAUUGCGAUUCUUGCAGCAGACUGGUUGCCGCUGAUUGAUGCUCUUGUCCACCAUGGUUGAAUAUUCGCUGUCGUUCAGGUUUGAUGUCUUUCAGAACUCUCUUUUGCUUUUGUUUCUCUCUUGUGUCGCAGCGGCGAUGUUGGCUCGAAGAUUUAACAGCUCGUGAAACAUGCUUCGAAUAAUUGACAAGGGUUAGGGGUUUUGGAAGCAAGUUGAAGCAAGGA